UACACGUCCCAUUAACAAUGCCAUUGCCAUCAUCAUCAAAUACCCAAACUUCAAUUCCUUUUCCAACACACCAUUAACAUUAAUGUUAAUGCCACUCAUCAUUGCCAUCUCCAUGUCCUAAUUGCUUAUGCUUUCAUUCACUCUCACAUUCAUUCACAACACACCACAAAAACCAUGCAUCUCACUCACCUGUGCCUUAUCAUGGCCUCAGAUUAUGAUAAACUAGAGCCACUUCACGCAACCCCACAACCCCAAAAGAAAGUUAAGGCCAAAAAACACCUUCAUGGGGCAUGUGGAGGCCAUGUUGUUGCUUCCCUUCAUGGUUCUUUGACCAAGUUGUGUGACACAAGGUGGUGGAACAACCUAUGCCAACAUGGGGCAAGAGAAACCAAGCAGCUCAAGAGUUCUUGUGUGUUUCAUGACAUGGAGGGUGUGCAACUUUUUUCCAAGAUUGGAAGGGAUAGCAACAAUCCAAGGAUUUUCAGCUAUGCUGAGCUUUACAUAGGUUCGAGGGGUUUCUCUGAGGAAGAAGUUCUGGGGAGUGGAGGGUUUGGCAAAGUGUACAAAGCUGUUAUGCCUAGUGAUGGAACAGUUGUGGCCGUGAAGUGUUGCUUGGCAGGGAAAGGUGGCCAAUUUGAGAAGACUUUUGCUGCGGAAUUAGCAGCAGUGGCACACCUUCGCCACAAGAACCUUGUUCCCUUGAGGGGUUGGUGUGUUUUCGAGGAUCAGCUUUACCUUGUGUAUGACUACAUGCCCAAUCUCAGCCUUGAUCGGGUGCUAUUUCGUAAGAACUUGAAGGAGGGGGAACUUGGAUGGGUGAGGCGUGGGAAGAUUGUGAAGGGUUUGGCAGGUGCAUUGCACUAUUUGCAUGAACAGUUGGAGACUCAAAUCAUUCAUAGGGAUGUGAAGACCAGCAAUGUGAUGCUUGAUUCACACUACAAUGCUAGGUUGGGUGACUUUGGCUUGGCAAGGUGGCUAGAGCAUGAGCUUGAGUACGAGUAUGAGACAAGGAAAGUAUCAUCAACAUCAAGCAAGUUUGAGCAUUUCAGGAUGAGUGAGACCACAAGGAUUGGUGGCACAAUAGGGUACUUGCCCCCUGAGAGCUUCCAGAGAAGGAGCAUUGCUACCUCAAAAUCUGAUGUGUUCAGCUUUGGGAUAGUUGUGUUGGAGGUGGUGUCUGGCAGGAGGGCCAUUGAUCUCACAUACCCUGAUGAGAAAAUCAUUUUGCUUGAUUGGGUGAGAAGGCUUAGUGAUGAAGGGAGGCUUGUUGGUGCUGGGGACACAAGGCUUAUGGAUGGUUCCUACAUGGUUUUUGAGAUGGAGCACAUGAUUCAUGUAAGCCUCUUGUGCACACUCCAUGACCCUCAAUUGAGGCCAAGCAUGAAGUGGGUUGUGGAAGCACUUUCUGACAUGUCAAACAAAUUGCCAAGACUCCCUUCAUUCCACUCCCAUCCCAUGUAUAUCUCUUUGUCCUCCUCUUCUGAGACUAGUCCUAGCACCACAAAAGGAACUGGCUCAGGCUCAGCAACAGAAAAUUCUAGCAAUCAUACUUUUUCCAAAUCCAAAUAUGUCACAGCCACAGGAGAGACUAUAUAUGUGACUGCUGAAGUUGAACAAAGGAACAGUGGAAUUAGCCCUUCUAAGAAGAGAAUGCAUCAUCAGUCUUCAUUUAAUGUGGUGGAAACACCUAGGGAGAUACCAUACAAGGAGAUUGUGUCAGCCACAGAUAACUUCUCAGAGUCCAAAAGGGUGGCUGAGCUAGACUUUGGAACAGCCUACCAUGGCAUCCUUGAUGGCCACUACCAUGUCAUGGUAAAACGCCUUGGCUUGAAGACAUGCCCUGCAUUGCGCCAGAGAUUCUCCAAUGAGCUCAGGAACUUGGCAAAACUUCGCCACAGGAAUUUGGUGCAGCUUAGAGGGUGGUGCACUGAGCAAGGAGAGAUGCUUGUGGUGUAUGAUUACUCUGCUACAAGAAUCCUGAGUCACCAACUUCACCAUCACAACAACAAUGGUACUAAAAGUGGCUAUUCUGUACUCAAAUGGCAACAUAGGUAUAGCAUAGUGAAAUCACUUGCAUCAGCACUUCUCUAUCUGCACGAGGAAUGGGAUGAGCAAGUCAUUCACAGGAACAUAACCUCUUCAGCAGUGACUCUUGAACCUGACAUGACCCCAAGACUAGGUAGUUUUGCUCUGGCUGAAUUUUUGUCAAGGAAUGAGCAUGGUCAUCAUGUGAUCACCACAAGGAGCAAGUCGGUUUGCGGGAUUUUUGGCUAUAUGUCGCCGGAAUAUGUGGAAUCCGGCGAGGCAACCGCAGCUGCUGAUGUUUAUAGUUUUGGUGUGGUGGUGCUUGAGGUUGUAAGUGGACAUAUGGCUGUGGAUUUUAGGCAACCUGAGGUGCUAUUGGUAAAGAAGGUUCAUGAAUUUGAGAUGAGAAAAAAACCACUUGAGGCAUUAGCAGAUAUAAGACUAAAUGGAGAGUACAAUUACAAGGAACUAGUGAGGUUGGUAAGGUUAGGAGUUGCAUGCACUCGUUCUGACCCUAAGUUAAGACCAAGCACCAGACAGAUAGCAAGCAUUCUUGAUGGCAAUGACAAAUUAAUCAUGGGGGAGAGCAUGGAGAGCAGGGAAGAAUGGAGAGAAAGAAAUGAUUGCUCUUUGUCACUGGUUAAGAGAAUCCAAGCUCUGGGAAUACAAUGAGAAGUUGCAUAAGAAAACAAAGGAACACAAUGGACAAUGAUGAUUGUAACACAGAGAAAGCUUGUUUGUAACAUAUAGUUUUUUCUACAUUGUAUCUUCGUGAUUUUGCUAUUUUUCAUAGGGUUGGUCAUAACUGAACCAAAUUGAAGGGAGCAAUCUAGGUUGGUUUGUAACAUAUAUAAUGGGAAAUGAUGAUUUGUAACUUAAAGAAAUGUGGUUUGUAACAUUGAGAAUGUUUUCGCUACAUUGUGCUUUGGCUAUUUUUCA